GACGAUCUGGACGAAAGCGACAUCAGUGCCUGCAACAAACCAAACGCCAACGGUGGUUAUCAGAAGCUGAUCUUGACUACCGAGGAAAAGCGACUGCUCGCCAAGGAAGGUAUCUCCCUGCCGACGUGUUAUCCGCUGACCAAGCACGAAGAACGGGAGCUGAAACGGAUCCGGCGAAAGAUCAGGAACAAGAUUUCGGCCCAGGAUUCGCGCAAGCGCAAGAAGGAGUACGUCGAUGGACUCGAGGAAAGGGUCAAGCAAUGUACCGAGGAGAAUCAAACCCUGCUGAAGCGCAUCAAAAUCCUGCAGAGCCAAAACCACGAUCUCAUGAGUCAGAUGAAGAAGAUCCAGUCGCUGCUGACGAAAGGUACCGGUAAAACUACCCAGCCAGCCACUUGUUUGAUGGUGCUGCUGUUGAGUAUGGCCCUGGUGGCUGUCCCGAACCUAAAGCUGGGCGGAUCCAACCAACAGCAAAACAUCCAAGAUUCGAUUGAAAUGGCCGAACUGAUCCAGGAAGCUGCUUCGGAGAAAACACAGGUUCAAUCGCCACAGACCCAGAAUCGGCGCUCGCUCCUGUUCGAUACCAAGGAACAGCUCGGUGACGCAUUAGUCGAUGAGGAGGUAAACUUUGACGAAAUCAUGUCGUUCAAUGUGAACUCGUUGAUUGCCAGCGAGCACGAUUAUUCCUCCGAGGGAGAACCGAUGGCGAAGAAGGCCAAAAUCAAUCAUUCGUUGGUGGACUACGACGUGGAUGACGAUAUUUGGAACGGCAGUAGCAAGAUGCGAAUCAAACUGGAACUGGACGAGAGACAAUUUAACAAGCAACAGGAUCAGAGCUCAGGAUUUAACAUAAAGAAGGAGCACUGCAGUGAAGUCAUCGUCAACCAAGACCUGUUCGAAGCAAUGUCUAAGAAGAGCACACUUGAGCUGGUCAAUGGUUUACAUUUGGACACGAUAAGCCAAACAAACGGUGGAUUCAAUAAGGACAUUGCCAAUAUCGAGUUGCUUGCUCCUGGAGUUCAAAGCUCAUCGAAUGUUGAGGAAGUUGGUAAAAAACUAAACGCCUCGCAGCAGAUCCAACAACAAAAUGGAAAAAGGAAGCUACUACUUUAAAUGUUCCCUUUUUCAAAAACAUCCUUAAAAUACUGCUUGGCUGUUAUUUGCUAGAUGUGUACAUACUACGAUAAAACAAAAACUGUUAAAAACCUUACCCCUUAGCAACAUUCAUUAUAGAAACCUAAAUUUGAUUAAGUUUUUCCAAAUUUUACCUCUGUAAAAGCUUAACAAUCUCCUGUUUGCAUGCUGGCAUUUUACGCUUUCCAAGUUUGCGGAGAAGCACUUUGAUGAUUACGUAUACCGUCCCUUAAGCGGUGUUAUUUAUGUUAUUCGAACAUACUGAUAUAAACUGAGAAGAGAAAUCAAUCAAUCUAAUAGUAUUGGAAUACCUAUUAUAGUGUUAAACAAGAUUUUUCGACUUAGACACAGGAAACUACUGUUCUAUUAGUUUGUUAUUUGUUUCACAAAUUCUAUAUAUUUUAUGUCUAUUAUGAAUAUUUGUGCAAUUUUAUAUUUUUUUUCUAAACCUUUACUUAGUUGUAACUUUUCACACAUCUCACCACGUGGUCUUAGUUUUGUGCAAAUAUUUUUGUUUAACGGUACAUGAAUGAUGAAGCAUCUAUUAUAAAAUAAAACUUACAGUUAUAGCCGGGAAAAUAUAACAAUUUUUUUGCCUUAGGUUUAUUACUUAAGUUUAUUCAUUCGACUUCAUCUUAAUGAAUAUGCGAGUCUUCGCAAUAUGUAGACAAGAAUAUUUCCCACAUGCAUUGAAUCACUGUCUCGUUAAGAAUAGGAAGUUAAUAUGAGCAGACAUCUUGAACCACUUUACGAAAAAUAUACUUCUACUUUUCGAUCCAUCGGAUCCAAAGCAUUCAUUGUAACGGUAGAGAAUUUCCAUUAUUUCCAUCUAGACAAAUAGUACGACUAUUAAACGUUGCUGAAUAAUAAGCAAAUAUCGAUAGAUAUAACCACAAGACAAAAGUGCAUAACUAUUAUCAUUGUAAUAAAUAGCUGUAUAUAAACACAA